AAUGAGGCUUAGAGUAGUUUAUAGUAGUGGAGAAGGAUAGUUCUUAAGUUUGCAGAAUAGGAGAAGCAUAUUUCUUUAGGAAUAUAUCAAAGAUGUCAUCAAUCUUGGAUGUUGAUGAGUCUAUCAUUGAGGGCAAUUGGUAUUACGGUUGUCUCUUUAGUCCUAAGAAAAGAACUACCACUGAAGCAGUAUUUAGUACUGCUGUACGUGACAAUAAGCAUACUGACGUGGAUAGGAAAUAUCAUGACAUUACUGAUGAUGAGAAAUCCAAGCAAUUAUCAACUUUAAGAGAAGAAAGUGGUAAUAGUAGUAGUCUAUGUUUUGAGUCAAGUGAUUCCAGUUCACCUAAAAUCUUCAUGAAAGAUGUAGAAGAGGAGGAUGAGUGUCUUGCAAGUAUGUUUAGCUCAUUGGAUGAAGAUGGUGAUGGAAGAGUUAGUUCAGAUGAGAUAGUGAGGUUUUUGGACAGAUUAAGUCUUGAAAUGCCCAAAGAGGAGGUGGAAUUAGCUGUGAGAUUAGUGUCUGCAGGUGGUGAUGAGUUUCUCACUACCAUGGAGUUUGGUGAGUUUUAUAGAAUUGUAUUUUCAAAUGAGGAAGAAGUUGAUAUUGUGAAGGAUGAGGAGAAGGCAAUCUGUGAGGCAUUUAAUGUUUUUGAUCAAAAUGGAGAUGGGUUUAUCAGUGCAAUGGAGUUGGCUGAUGUUCUAUCCAGAUUAGGAUUUGUGGAGGGGAAGGAUGUGAGUUGCUGUGAGAGCAUGAUUGAAAGUGUGGAUUAUAAUGGAGAUGGGUUUGUGGACAUUCAUGAGUUUAGGCAUUUAAUCACCAGAACUUUCUCUGCUUCUAAUCCCUGUCUUAAAUGUGUUCCUGCAGUCUGAUGGCACAAUAUAAUUUAUGGCUAAAAUAAAUAUUGUAAUUGUCUCCAAUGUGUUGCUAUAGAACAAUAGUAGAGUUAAUUUUGUGGCUGCUAUAGUUCACAGUUGUCUGUAGUUCACUGCAAAUGACAUUUUUAUAGAAAUAUUCACUGCAGUGCUGAUAGAAAUUCAGUUGUCCAUGGUAUGUAAGAGAGAAUUCUGUAAUUGUCAGCAAGCGAGCAACUCUGUGUCUUUCCAGUUUUAGAUAUAUCGUUUUCUCUAUGUGUUCUUCCAGUAGAGGCGUUACUUAAAAUUUGA